AAAUAGAAAACCUAAGACACAGCAACUUAAUUAGUCACUUAUCCUGGUGGUCUGGUUUUGGACUAUGAGAUGUUACUGGAAGGAUACAAGGGUCCACCAAGAAAGUUGAAAAAGUAGCAUGCGCUGGCAUUAGUGUGCUUAGGGGCUGCAAUAAUCAUUGACAGUGUAUAUAUAGGUAUAAGCUAUAUCAAAAUUGGACCAGAGACUCGAGCUGUCAGUUACUUUUCUUUCUAUGCUCAAAACUGAGCCUGUCUCUAUAGACUACAGAUCAAUUUCUUGCAAUGGGUUUACACUACAAAAAAUUUGGAGUUAUAUUAGGAUUAACCCUAGUGCUAAUGUCAACCAUGGCUGGUUUUGCUAUGGCGGAUGCAGACAAAGAUAAAGAGGAAUGUGCAGAGCAGCUGGUAGGGCUUGCUACAUGUCUACCUUAUGUUGGAGGUAAUGCCAAAAGCCCAACUCCAGAUUGUUGCACUGGUCUCAAGGAAGUCCUUAAAAACAACAAGAAGUGCUUGUGCGUUGUGAUUAAGGAUAGGAAUGAUCCUGACUUGGGUCUCAAAAUCAAUGUUACUCUUGCUUUAGGCCUCCCCACUGUUUGCCAUGCCACAGCUAAUGUUUCCCAAUGCCCCGCCCUCCUACACUUGGCUCCCAAUUCACCAGAUGCUCAAGUUUUCUAUCAGUUCACCAAAAGCUCUAAUCAGAGUGCCAGCAGUCCUGCUCUUAGUCCUAGUGAUGAAGGGAAUCCUACAAGCGCUAACAGCCAGGAACAAAGUGCUCAACCCCCAACAAGUGGAUGUGGCAAUGGGAAGGGAUGGUUUCGGUUGGAGUUCUUUUAUUUAGGAUUGACAGUUUCGUAUUUCCUUUCCUCACGGUUGUUAAUAUAGGUUCAUGCAUACUUGAGAGGUAUUACUCUUUCAUCAAACGGGGAGGGAAGGAGGGAGGCCUAGGAGGAGUCAUGCCUCCCUAUUUUCAAAAAAUGACAAUUUUCUUUUAGUUUUUUUUUUUCUUAAUUUUGUUUUUCAAUUUAAUCCCACUAAACAAUUAAUAUUAUUGUUUCUGUCUCUUUAAAAACUCUUUUUAUAUUUAACUAUUUUAUAUUUGGCUCCUUAAAGUGAGUUCGUGGUUCUCGCUUUAGGAAUGGAAUA